AUGACUUACGACAUGGAUUCCAUAGUAGAGGCUACCUCUCUAUCUCACGUUACCGACAUCGCAACCAACCCGCCAUCACAUCCGAAUGCGCCAGCAGACUACCCAAGGCUGCCGCUAGUCUUGUACAUUGCGAGGGUACCUGGAAGUCGAGACGUCUUUCUCACCCCGAUAAAGCCGAGAGAGAAAGUCGUUACGGCUGAGGACGUUCAAAGUUCGCUGUACUAUGUACACAUCAACAGCCGUGACGAUUACGAAGAGCCGUCAGCAAGACCGUCUUCUGUGAACACGGAUGCCUCCAAGUUGAUGCCCAUCCGAGAGAAUAGCACGAAGAGGAAGCCAGUAUUACCCGCACGACCUGUGCAGCCUCCAAGCCCGCCGUACCCUUCAUACGACAGCAUGCCGGACACUCAACAGCCACCAUCUUACCCACCAAGGCCACAACAAAUUUCUCGAAAGCCGAUAGCGCCAAAGCAUGGAGCAAGUUUCCAACAGACUCCUGACCUACCUGUUCUUCCACGGCGACCCCUUCCAUCGCCACCAGAGGAAGAGGACCUCGAUUCGCACUCGUUGCAUCAGAGCAACAUUCGGCUACUUCGACGAGCUGAACACAGCGAAGAGAAUAACCCGUAUCUGAGGCAUUACGAGCCAGCACCUCCAGCAAUAGACCCUGCCGAUAUGCCGGAGCCUGGUACUUUGACUUUAAUCAGGCGGGACCCAUCAUCCAGCGAGCAGUGGAAUGUAGCAUCCAUAUAUGAUCCUCCCGUCCACGAAGUCAGCUCCGCGGCAUUGCGUAAGCCGAGUGCAGCCAUGCGGACAAAACGUGGUGGUGCCCCUGUCUACUUGGACAUUAGCAACCCCUCAUACGAGCAAUUCAUCGAUGCCAACCGCCCAGACUCACGAGUCAGCAUGGGAUCUGCUACAUCCGGCGACAGUGAUCCGCCACCAGAGGGAGUUUUCAGACGCCGUCUGUACAUGCCAGGCUCCAAGUACGCCGAACACAACUACGGCCACACCCGCAAAUUCGGCUCAGUAGGCUCUUUAGCCCCGACGGACGACACAUCCAUAAGACGAACAAUGCGCCACUCCGUCGACAUGAGCACCACAUCUUCCUCACCCGCCCAGGCCGACCGCCGAAGCAAAAGCUACAACUUCACCAGUCCCUGGGACGGCCGCUGCGAAUUCUCCACUGGCACAACAGGCAAAUCGCUCAAAUGCCGCCACCACCUCCCACCCAACCGCGGCGGCGUCGCCGAAGUCAGCGAGCUGCGCUUCAACCUCCCCACCUCGUCGAGUAGAACGGCGACAGCACUCUCCGACAAACGCUCCUCCUACUUCCACCGCAUGCACGGCCGGGCACUCUCGAGUACAGACGGGGACGAUGAUGACAUGCCGACGUUUGUAAUUGGAGAGGAUGGGAGAUUGGAUUUGACGCUCGGGCAGGAGAGGGCUGGGGGCGGGUUUGGAGGCAAGCAGGCGAAGUUGGGCAAGUUGAUUAUUGAGCCCGAGGGAUUGAAGAUGUUGGAUUUGUUGGUUGCGGCGAAUGUGGGGCUUUGGUGGAGGGCUUAUGAGAAGGUUUAG